AAUAAAUUGGCUGCGCCAAGUGUAGGGGUGUCUAUCUGUCAAAGUGCCCAUGGACACCGUCUGUAUGGCUAACGAGUGCCACGCAAUAGGUAAAAAGUAUCACGUAUGUUACAUAAUUCAAAACGUAUGCCAUUUGUUUGUUUUCAGCUAAGCUAGCCAAUGACCUUGCUAGAGUCGGGGGAAGGGGUUAUGAAGAAUCUAGAAAACGCGUUGGACGGACAGGGAGCAACGGCCUGGCGGUCAGUGACCCCGGUGACCUGAACUGUAAACACGUGAUCCACCUGGAUAUUCAUUCAAAUGGCACGUGGAAGGAGAAAACGAAAAGAGUGUUGCAAGAAGCGAAUCGCCUUGAAGCCCAAUCUAUUGCAAUGCCCGCAUUUGGCACAGGAGCGGCCAAGAAGGACCCCCAGGCGGUAGGCAAGGGGAUGUUGGAGGCAAUAGCAGAGUUCGUCUUACAGGGCGGGUGUACAACUCUUCAUCGGAUUACUAUAGUGCUGGUGCAAGAGAGGCUCCUGGACAGCUUCAACAUGGCGGAAUGUGUUCCUCUCCAACCUCAGGACCCAGAGUAUAUAUCAAUUUCCCAGAGCCGAGAGUUCCGAGGAAGACAAAUUGAAAGAAUCGAACGGCUGCCUCAACCUAUUCCCUUACAAACAUUUCCAGUGCCAAGAGAUGUGGAACUUGCGCCAGAGCCAUACGUGACGGCUUUCAAUCAGCCUAGACCACGCUUGAGACGCCCAGAAGGCGGUCGUCAUGCGAGUUUCGGUUUCCGCGAGGAAGGAGGUAUGUCUAUUCCAUACCUGACCGAGAGCAGCCGAGAACAUCGCAGAAUCACUUUAGCCUCAGUGCUCACGGGGAGCAUGCGUGGUGACGACAACGUGACGUCAGACGAUAACGUCACAGAGGAGUCGCAGGCUUCCUCCAAGAAAUCCACCUCCAAGGAAUCCACAGCCACUGUUUCCUCUGUUUCUUCUCUGCAUGGCUUGUCUGACCCAGAAAUUGAAGGUGCAGGCAAUCAGGAGGAAAAAAAUGUCGCAGUAGCACUAGGUGAUCUUUCCAUGUUCACUUCAUCUGAUGGAAAAAUUUUAGUUUCUUCUUUUACUGAAAGCACGAGGUCUUGGUAUAGUGUACACCUGGCCAAUGAAAAUAAUCGGAAAAAGCCACAAAAUAAUUAAGGCAUGCUACACAGUCACUGUGAAUUGAUUGAUUAGAAAGCAGGUGGGCUUUAAGUCCU